AUGAUCUAUUUAGUAUACUUUUAUAUUUUUCUAAAAUUUAAUUCGAAAUUGCCACAUGUUUUAGCAGAUACAAAUUUAGUUAAUGAUAAUUUAAUAUUUGAAGUUACAACAACUACUACUGUAAUAACAACAAAAAUAGAAGAGAUUCCUUUUAAACCACAGAACAAAAUACCGUUAAACACUUCUAGCCGCGAUACAGCAGAUUUUGAAUGUAAUCUAAACAGUACUGUAAUGACUAACUUACUUAAAGACGUGCAAAAGAAGCCUCAAUGUUAUAUUUUUAAAGAUGAUAUUAAUUCACAAAAUUUUGUAAACGAUCUUCGUGAAGCUGGUGUCGAUAUAUCACAAGCGUAUAAUUCAAAUUUUUUAGGCGGUAAAUUUUGCACAGAAAACCAAGAACUAGUAGAUAAACUUAGACAAACUUAUAAACUUGAAGAAGAUAUAAUGUUUAAAAUCGCAUCUACGCAAUAUCCUAUAUCUAAACAUUUAUUUUUGAUGAAAAAUUAUACGAAUCGUAUUUUUAACAGCUAUUUUUAUAACAAUUUAAUUUUUAGUAUUUUACAGAUUGACAAACUUUUUAAAUGUUUUUUGGGCUACUAUAAAUAUUAUUAUACAGGACGUAAUACAAAAAUUUAUGUUUUAGAUACAUCUGUGAACAUAAAAACACCAAAUAUUUCUAAUAUAACUGGAACUAAAAGAUCUUGCAAUUCACAUGGGGAUAUAAAUGUAGAUUUAAUAGUAAGUAGAACGCGAGGAUAUGCAAGAGAUGCACAAAUUAUAGUACUUGACGGUGUUGAUUGUGAAGGAAAUAUUCAUUUAUCAGAAAUUCUUGAGCUACUAGAAAAUGUUAAAAAAGAUAUACAUCCUACAGUUUUACUUUUUGGAGUUACAGGUCCUUAUUCAGAAAUAUUAAAUGGAGUGGUAGAGAAUUUGGCUAGUUCUGGAAUAAUUGUUAUUUCGCCUGCAGGUAAUCAACAUGAUAAUGCAUGUUACUAUUCACCAAGUUCUUCUAGAAAAAUUUUAACAGUUGGAUCUGUUGAUCGUCACACUAAGAUUUCUAAAUUUUCAAAUUAUGGAUCAUGUGUAAGACUAUAUUCCUUGGGACAAGAAAUAUACGAAAGUAAUAACACAAAAGGAACAAGUCAUGCGGCUGCAACCAUAGCAGGCGCAGUAGCUAUGUAUCUUGAAAAAUAUUCAAAUGCGAACCUUCAAGAAAUUUGGAGCUUUUUAGAUAAGAAUUCUUAUUGGAAUGGUACAUAUUCUACCUUUAAAGUUCCUUAUUUGUCAUUAGAAUAUAAUCAUAAAGAUUUUGAUUUUGUGGAAGAUGAUACAAAUGGGUUUUAUAUUUGUAUAAUCUUAUUAAUCAUUAUUUUUUUACUGUUUAUAGUUCUAUGUUAUUAUAUACAUAAAUACAGAAAAAGAAAAAAGAGAAGGGAUUAUGUGAUUGAUACUAAUUUAAGAAAUUUUUCCGAAAAUUAA